UUUUGCCUGUGAAGCCUGCAAUGAUGUGACUUUCUAUGUCCCAACUAAACUAGAAGCUAAUGAAAUUGUUGGAAGAGUUAAUCUGGAAGAAUGCUUGAAGUCUGCAAACCUCAUUUAUUCAAGUGAUCCUGACUUUGGAAUUUUAAAAGAUGGUUCAAUAUAUCCAACAAAUAAAAUGUUAUUGUCUCCAGAGAAGAGGAGUUUUGUCAUAUCUCUUGUGAAUACUCAGGAACAGAAACAGAAAGACAUAAAUGUUAUAAUUAAACAUCAAAAGAAGAAGCAUUACAAAAGAGGCCUUCAAGAAACAAUUCUCAGACGUACCAAGAGAAGAUGGGCCCCUAUUCCAUGUUCAAUGCAAGAGAAUUCCCUAGGUCCUUUCCCCUUGUUUCUUCAGCAGGUCCAGUCUGAUUCAGCCCAGAAAUAUACUGUUUACUACUCCAUCAGUGGACCUGGAGUUGACCAAAACCCUCUUAAUUUAUUUUACAUAGAAAAAGAUACUGGGAAUUUAUUUUGUACUGGUCCUGUAGAUCGUGAGACAUAUGAGGCUUUUGAGUUAGUAGCAUAUGCCACUACUCCCGAUGGAUAUUCUUCAGAUGUUCCUUUACCACUUACUAUCAAAGUUGAAGAUGAAAACGACAACUACCCAAUCUUCACAGAGUCAGUUUAUAAUUUUGAGGUUCUUGAAGGCUCUAGAAUUGGCACUACGGUGGGGCAGGUAUCUGCGACAGACAGAGACGAGCCCGAUACAAUGCAUACUCGCCUGAAGUACUCCAUUAUGGAUCAACAGCCCCCUUCUCCUAAAUUAUUUUCAGUAAAUCCAGUUUCAGGUGUGAUCACUACAGUAUCACAUCAGAUGGACAGAGAGGUGGUAGACAAAUAUAAGUUGACAAUGAAAGUACAAGAUAUGGAUGGUAAAUUUUUUGGUUUGAUGAAUACAUCAAUUUGUAUCAUUUCAGUAAAAGAUGCAAAUGACCAUGUGCCCACUUUCACAAAGUCUUCAUAUGAAAUCUCAAUUGAGGAAAAUACAGUCAAGAAAGAUAUUUUGCGAAUAGCCGUAGAAGAUAAGGAUUUGCCUAACACUCCAAAUUGGAGAGCUAAUUAUACGAUUUUAAAGGGUAAUGGAAAUAAAAAUUUUCAGAUUGUGACAGACCCCAAAACCAAUGAAUGUGUUUUAUCUGUUAUUAAGCCACUGAACUAUGAAGAAAAUCACAAAGUGACGCUGGAAAUUACUGCAGCCAAUGAAGCACCAUUCUCCAGUGAUAUACGGAGCAUGAACACAGCUACAGUCACCAUUAAUGUUAUAGAUCAGGAUGAAGGUCCAGAUUGUAACCCAGCAGCACAAAAUGUUCGCAUUAAGGAAAAUGUUGAUGUGGGGACUAGAACCAGUGGGUAUAAAGCACAUGAUACAGAAACCAGAAGCAGCAGUGAUAUAAGGUAUAAGAAAUUAAAUGAUCCCAAAGGGUGGGUCACUAUUGAUGAAACUUCAGGGUCAAUAAUAACUUCCAGAAAACUGGACAGAGAGGCAGAAGUUGUUAAAAAUGGUGUUUACAGCAUUACAGUGCUUGCAAUAGACAAAGAUGGUAAAACAUGUACUGGCACACUUGGAAUUAUCCUUGAAGAUGUGAAUGAUAAUGCUCCAAUCAUCCAUCAAGAUAAAAUAAUACUUUGCAAACCAAAGAUGGAAUAUACGACAAUUGUUGCUGUUGAUUCUGAUGAACCCACAAAUGGGCCUCCAUUUGAUUUCCGAUUAGGACCCAGUUCUCCUGAUAUCCAGAAAAUGUGGACAGUUACCAGGUUUAAUGAUACAGCUGCACGCCUUUCUUAUCAGAACAAUGCUCAAUAUGGAAAAUAUAUCGUGCCAAUCACUGUGAGUGAUAGUCAUGGCCAGACGUCAACAAAGAGAUUGAACAUUUAUCUCUGUAAUUGUGAUCAUCCAGAUCAUUGUGCUUCUGCUAGAUCGGCAUAUCCAGACACCAGACUGGGUCCAUGGGCCAUCCUUGCAAUACUAUUGGGAAUAGCACUGCUAUUUUGUGUCUUAUUCACCUUAGUCUGUGGAAUUUGGAGUCCUUCAAAAGCAAAAAAACCUUUUCCUGAUGAUAUGGCACAGCAAAAUUUAAUUAUAUCAAACACAGAAGCUCCUGGAGAUGAUAGAGUGUGUUCCACAAAUGGAUUUACAACACAGAUGCUGAAUGGUAAUGGUCAAGGGUUUUGCGGCACAUUGGGAUCAGGAAUUAAAAAUGGGGGCCAGGAAUGCUUUGAAAUGAUGAAAGGAGGACACCAGACCUUAGAAUCCUGUAGAGGAGGAGGUCAUCACACUCUGGAAUCAUUCAGAGGAGGACAUCACACCCUGGAUUCAGGCAGGGCUGGAGGACAAGUUGAAGUUGAUGCCUGCAGAUAUACAUACUCUGAGUGGCACAAUUUUACUCAACCACGUCUUGGUGAAGAAUCCAUUAGAGGACACACUCUGGUUAAAAAUUAAGCAAUCAAAGAAGUUGCAUCUUUGUAAUCAGAAUGAAGACAAUACCCAUGCUCAAGACUAUGUCCUUACAUAUAAUUAUGAAGGAAGAG